UCGCCCGCCCUGCUCCGGAGUGUGGUCCCUGCCGGGGAGCCGCCGCGCCGGGCGCACGGAGGGAAGCGUUGAUGCAUCGCUGUGGAAAUUCAUUGUGUGACUUUCUGGGUAUUUACUGAGUUUCAGACCGAGAUGCAGCUCUUGAAAGCUUUAUGGGCACUAGCAGGAGCAGCGAUCUGCUGUUUUCUUAUAUUUGUCAUCCACUCACAGUUUCUUAAAGAAGGUCAACUGGCUGCAGGUACGUGUGAGAUUGUUACUUUGGACAGAGAUAGCAGUCAGCCCCGAAGGACUAUAGCCCGACAAACGGCUCGCUGUGCGUGUAAAAAAGGACAGAUUGCCGGUACAACGAGAGCGAGGCCAGCCUGUGUCGAUGCAAGAAUUAUCAAAACAAAACAGUGGUGUGAAAUGCUUCCAUGUUUAGAAGGAGAAGGCUGUGAUUUGCUAAUCAAUAAAUCAGGCUGGACCUGCACACAACCAGGGGGACGGAUAAAGACAACCACGGUCUCCUGACAAAUGCAGCAACACAGAAUCCUCGUAGGAGUGGUUUAGGCUCUGUGUGAGCUACUUAACUUAGUCAAGUUUCACUGCUGUGGAUCAUCAUCCGUUAUAUGUCAUCAACUCAACUGUCUGUUUCUCUGUAUCUCAUUAAAGACAGCAUAAUUCCUCUACAUUAUGAGCUAAAGUUCGUUCUACCAUACUAAGGAUCACUGGACUAAGGAAUAUAGAUAAAAGAUACGCUUGGGCAUUAGCAAUACAAAAAAGUUCAUGGUUAACGUUUCAUCUGCGUUACACACCACUGCUGGACUUGAUGUUACCUACUUGUUUUAAUCUGAAGAGUCUGCUACAAUGAAGAGCAUCAUCCCAAUCAGCCUUAGAGAAGACUGUUUUGCCUAUGGGAGGACACUGAGGUGCAAAAGAGAAACUCUUCUUGUGCCCUAAACUGUCUGAAUUGCUUUUAUUUUCUUAUACUUUCAGUAUAUACAAUAGACCAAAGAGCAAAAUCUAUUUUAAAGUGGACACAAUCUUACUGUUAACAGUGAUGUCGUUAAAUUGUAGGGGGUCUCCACAAAGAGACAUGAUUCCAGCUUUCACAAAGCUGAGUUGUUGUCCAGCAGAACUCUUUCUGGAAAGCUGCAGUAAAAACUACCCCAGAGACCUGCUCUUGAAAUGCCGCGUUCUAGAGAACAUAACGGAGCAUCGAGGGAAAACGACCAAUGUUUGAAAAACUUAGACGAAAAGGACACAAACUGUCUACACAGCACCUUUAUUCCUCUGUACUUAGAUUGACUUUCUCAUACUAAAAUCAUUUUCAGUUUUAACCAGUUAAACAUGCCUCUUCUACAGUUCCAUUUUUGAUAGUUAAAGUUGGAUAAUACAGUAUUUGCAAAGAGCAUGUUUGGUCAUCUGUGGCCUAUGUCUCAUCUGAUACACCAUUUAGCACCAGAAAGCAAAUUAAAGAGAAAAAAAAAAGUAACACUUGUUUGAAAGAGAUCAUUAAAUGUAUUUUGAAAAGCCUAAAGUUAUAUAUUUAACAGUUUUUAUAUGUUGUAUAUUUGUAGAAAAUCCUAUUUAACAAUUAACGUGAUAACUCUGACAGUCAUGACAAGUGGUUCAGAGUUAAGUUGUGUUUUAUUACUUCAGUUGUCUCUGAAGUGACUGGUGACGUUUGCUUUCUUCCAUUGGGACAUUCUGGAUGUAAAGCAUGACCAGAGAGGACUGUGUAGAAAAAGCAAAGAAUAAUGUUGUUUAUAUUACAUAAAUGCAUUCAACCAUUGCACUGUUGGAAGGCAUUUUUUUAUUUUUAUUUUAUUUUUAUUUUUUUGUCUUUAUGUACUGAUAAAAAUAGAGUGUAAAAUAUUUUAAUCAUUGCUCUUCAUAGCAAGUUUUUUUUCCUCUUUCUGUCUCUCUCUGUUUCUCUCUCUCUUUCUCUCCCCCUACUUUUAUGUAAUACAGUGUAAGGGUCAGUUUGCAGCCUAUUCCUUGAUCCAUUUUCAGUGUUUUACCUCACUGUUAGAAAGCCCACUCUUUCUGCAUUAUUGAUUAUAAAAAAUUUAGCAAAAAAUAGCAAAGAUGAGGAGGGAAAUUAUGAUAAGCAAACACAAACUAAACCUUGCUCCCUUUUACUGUACCUUUCUGUGUGUAAGUUUGGUACAUACUAGUAUGAUGCAAUCAACAAAUGAGCUUAAUUUCUUCCUGGCAAAUGUAUUCUGGUUUUAAGUAUACUACCUAAUAUUUCAAUUAACUUUUAGUAUUAUGCUAGUUCUAUUAUACUAAAGAAAAAUAUAUAGAGAUUGUUCAAGUGACCAUAGACAAAAAGUACAAAAAUGAAAAGUUGAUUUUUUUUUUUUUUUUAGAAAGGCCUGUUUCAAUACUGAGGCUUAUUUAAUGCAGAUUUGCAGGAAACAUGAACUGUAGAUGAUUUUGACUUCAAUUAGAAUAAAUAUACACAAAAUUCUUAUUUAAUCUUAGGAUUUUGACCAGUGUCAAAGUAGCAAUUAAAGCUCAGCCACUUGAAAAGUGUUAUGGACUGUCUGCACUAUAAAUGACCAGUGUCAGGUUUAAAUGUCAUGCAAUAAAUGAUGGUAAAUACAUUUACUGUAUUUGUAGACCUCAAGAGCCAGAUCCCUCACUCUACCAACUCUCUGUUUUGAUUUAUUUUAAAGGGAGUGCAGUAGCCUUAUUUAGUAAACACAGAACAAUUGAAGAUGUUACAUCAUUUUUGUUGCUUUACAGUAUUCAGUUUUGUGUUGAUUCAGCUAAAUUAUAAAAAAUAAAGAAAACCCUUUUAUAAGUGAGACCUUUGUUCCCUGAGCGUGACAUCACCAUCUGAAUUUCAUCAGAUGAUAAUAAAGGUGGGGGCAUGGGGAAGGAGACUUAGCCAAUGGAACUGGAAAUUGAGGACAGCAGUGGUGUUUUGAAAUUGAGAUUAUCCUAUUCCCCUGUCAGGUUUUGGGUGCGUUCAGUUUGGUAUGUCUGAUUUUAGACUAAAGUCAUUAAUUCUCUGGAAACCAGAUCCCACUAAAGGAAUUAGUAGACGUGUAAAUCUUUGUGUCAUAAUACACAACCACUUUUGAAUAUGCAAGCUUAUGUCUUUGUUUCCUCUGUACUUCAAA